AUGGAGAACAGACGAUAUAAGAAAGAGAGUACGGUGAGAGUAAAGGUAACUGAUUUGAAACUUAUUACGUUGGAUGAAUUUAUUGAAGCAGUAGAAGGGAAACUCGGGGAGGGGUCAUGUUUUGCGUGUGUACCCAGGUACCCCUCGACUAUAGAAAUAACGGUCGAUAGUGUGGAAAAUGCAAAUCUGUUGUGCGAAGGACUCACUGUGAACGAUUUAGGAUAUGAACCCGAACUUUGUUUUUCACCUUAUAUAGUAGUCUCCUUUUUUAAUUUACCCCCCUACCUUGAAGAUGAUAUUAUUGUAAGGAAAUUGGAAAGAUUCGGAGUGGAAAUUGUAGGCCCAGUAGUAAGACACUUUCAUAAGAAGUUUCCCAAUGUAGCUGACGGCACUCGGCACGUGAAAUGUAAAUUUCCACCCACAUUGAGAUCCCUUCCGUGGGCAAUGAACUUUGAGACUCUAGAGGGGCCACAAUCCUUUAAAAUCCUACAUAACAACCAGACUAAAGUUUGUUACAAAUGUUUAAGCCCGGACCACGAGAAGAAGGAAUGCCCCCAGAUCAAAUGUGCAAAGUGCAGACUUUUCGGACAUAUGGCCUUCAAAUGCCCCACCCCUACUUGUGAAAAAUGUGAAAAGGCAGAAAAUUUGUGUAAAUGUGAACAGUUUUUUGACACUAACGAAGGGGAACAUGACGAAGAAAUAGUGAAUAAUAAUAAACGAGACCUAAGCACUGAUAAGAGUGAGAACAAUCAAGAGGGGAAAAAACAAAAGAAGGACAAUGACGACGAAGGGAACAUUAAU